AUGAAACUGUCAAUCAACCCCCCUGAAGCUGGUGUGCUUAACGGGCUUGUCAGGCCAGAAAGGCAGGCGGGGACAGUGACUGCAAUAAAGAGGAAGAGCCUAGGAAGGAUUGAGUGCAGGAGCUGCGGACGCCACACCCACUCUCAGGGUUCACAGGAGGAUGUCCCACUGGCUGUGGGUUCACCACUGCAGUCCUGGGAACUCAAGGCGAGAGAGGAGGGGAUGGACCAGGGUGACUGCAUGCAGGUUGUGGGGAAACCCCUGCAGGGAGCAGGAACAGCAGCGAGAUCAGCUUUCUCUACCAUGUACCAUGUUCGAGCUGGCGUUACUUAG